AUGGCCUCUCGCUUGGCACGAAGCGCUGUCGGCGCUCCCCUUCUCCGACCUGCCCUCGCCCGCCGAGCCAUCCCUGCCGUGUCCGCCGCUACCGCCCGCCACGCCAGCAACGUUCCCGCCGAGGAGCCCAAGAAGAAGGCGCAGAGCAUCAUCGACUCCCUCCCCGGAAGCAGCCUCCUCAGCAAGACGGCGUACCUCAGCAGCGCCGCCGGUCUCAGCAUCUACGCCAUUAGCAAUGAAUACUACGUCAUGAACGAGGAGACCAUCGUGGCCAUCUGCCUGCUGGCCGUCUGGGGCGGUCUCAUCAAGUACGGCGGCCCUGGAUACAAGGCAUGGGCGGAGAGUCAAAGCGAGAAGAUCAAGAACAUCCUCAACAGCGCGCGUGCCGACCAUACAGAGGCCGUCAAGGGCCGCAUCGAGGACGUCCGGCAGAUGACUGGUGUGGUUGACAUUACCAAGGCCAUGUUCGAGGUGUCCAAGGAAACCGCCAAGCUCGAGGCCCAGGCCUACGAGCUGGAGCAGCAGACCGCCCUGGCCGCCGAGGCCAAGGCUGUCCUCGACUCCUGGGUCCGUUAUGAGGGCCAGGUCAAGCAGCGCCAGCAGAAGGAGCUUGCUGCCUCCGUUAUCGCCAAGGUCCAGAAAGAGUUGGAGAACCCCAAGGUUCUGCAGCAGAUCCUGCAGCAGAGUGUCGCUGAGGUCGAGAAGAUCGUCUCGUCCAAGGCACAAUAA